CCGCAUAUUUAUUACGGAUUCCCAAACAAACUGUUUAAAUAUCUUUUCUCGUUCUCUCCCUUUAUAAUCAACCUGCUCACCUUUAUUUUAUCUUGUCUUGACUUUCCGUCACCCAUAAUUUUUCAGAAGAUCGCAUGAUCUUGCUAUGAAAGUACUGGGAAGCCCUGCCUCUAUCCGCAUCGUCAGGACCGCUCUCAAGCCCACAAAUGUCUCUCGAAAAUUGGCUACCGCAGUCUCCAUAACCCCUCCUUCCUAUCUCUCUCUACCACCCCCGGGUCCACCCCAACCACUUCUUCCACACCCUCCUGUUGUCACCUCCUUGGGAACCGAAUAUAAUGAGAAUCUCUUCCGAUAUACCUCCGGCAGGUGGUUGUACAAUGAAUCUCAGCAGAUGGCUCAGCGUUACAUCAAGUUUGACUUGUCCAUGGAGAAAAAGGAAGGUCUGUUUAACAAGACCUUAAUGGUGACUCUCGCAAAUGGUAAAAAGGUCGCUGCCCGUAUCAAGAACCCAAUUGCGGGUCCAGACCACCUCAUGACUUCCAGUGAGGUUGCAACAAUGGAUUUCGUCCGCCACAAUCUGGGAAUUCCUGUGCCUAAGAUUCUAGCCUGGAGUUCCCACGCUGCCAAUAAUGGUGUCGGAGCAGAAUACAUCAUCAUGGAAUCCGCUCCGGGCGUCCAGCUUAGCACCGUCUGGCGCACCAUGGACUCACGUCAGAAGAAGAACGUCGUCAAUUCGAUUGUAGCACUCGAGCAGAACAUGCUGAACGCAAAGUUUGCGCAGUAUGGUAGCCUAUACUACAGGGAUGAUAUUCCCGAGUCGAAACGGGCUCCGCGCUUGUAUGCUCACGGAUCACGUAGGUUCGGUUCGGAGGAAAAGUUUUGCAUAGGUCCUAUAGCCCAUCGCAAUUUCUAUGAAGAUGAACGUGCGACUAUGGAUCUCGACAGAGGACCGUGGUCAUCCCCGGAGGAUUACCUUCGCUCCCUCGCCUUGCGCGAGGAGGCAUGGAUCUCACGUUUUGCCAAGCCCAACAUUCAUGAUGAUCCUUUCCGUAAUGUCUCUGGUCCUCAGCUCAAGGAAGAGCAUCUUCAGUGCUUGGAACAGUAUCGCUCAAUCAUCCCCGCCCUCGUGCCAUCCACACGAAAGGUCCUUGCAUCUAACCUGUGGCAUUCUGACCUUAACCCCGGCAAUAUCUUCGUGUCUGACGAUGAGGAGCGUCGUGUGGUUAGCAUCAUUGACUGGCAAGGCUGUUGGGCUGGUCCUGCAUAUCUUCAGAUGACGAGUCCAUCCUUCCUAGCUUGCGAUGGUGCCGGACUUCCUUCAGGCCUCGAUUUCCCUAAACUUCCUCCCGAGUACGCCGUCAUGAGCCAAGACACCAAGGCUAUGAUGCGCGAGGAUCACAAGGCGCAGAUGCUUCAUAAACUCUAUGAAAUUAAACAGCUAUACCCUUAUCGCAUUAGCGAUCGCGAGGCGCGAACAAUGCCUGUCCGCGCAGCAGGCCGGACAUGGAAAGACGGCAUUCUUCCGCUGCGCCUCGCGCUGCUUGACAUCUUCAGCCGGUGGACAGAACUCUCUCGUAGUAACGAGCCCUGUCCGCUGCGCUUCACGCGGGAGGAAGUGCAAGAGCUGAAGCGUCAACGAGAUCGGUAUGUAGAUUGGCAUGACUUCUUGGACGACGUGCGUACGACAUUUGGCAUGCGGUUGUACGGAUGGGUGUCGCCGCAUGAGUACCCAUCGAAGCGGGCAUUACUUGAAGGCACGCGCAGUCGUCUUCCCGUUGCGCUCACCAGUCAACUGGAGGAGAUUCUUCCUCAGGAUUGGUGGCCGUUCAGAGACACGGUCCCUUUACCCUCUGCACCUGAGGUGCGAGUGUAAGGUGGUUCGGAUUCUUUAACAUCACUUUCUUUGAGUUUUCAUUGGUCUCUUUAGAACUACUGCUAUGGUUUUUUUCACGACUUUAUCUUUGUUGUGCAAGGGGAUACGGACCUUCAUUAUGAUAUGACUCAUGGUAAUUAUUAGUUUGUCGCGAUUAGAUAGUUUGUCGUAUAGAUGUUUGCUUUUGAGCUUUUGCGUUAUCUUCCUUGUAUUUACAUUAACACUGUAGGGUUAUUUCGCUUUGCUAGGGAUUUGGGAAAUACAUAGAGUGCGGUAGUAUAUGUUGUACAUAGAGUAUACCACCGAACACGAAUUGCGGUGCGCGGUGCGCACGGACGUCCGCUGGAAGCAUGACCGUGC